AGCUGUGAGCUGCUGUGGAUCCCCGUCCGUAGACACGGGGUUUUUAGUCGAUGGCGACCAAUCGAGAGUGGGUCUUCAAGAGCAGGCCGGGCCCAAAAGGCUUCGCGCCCAGCGACUUCGAGCUGCGCGCCUGCGAGGUGCCCAGCUGCGGGGAGAACCAGGUGAUUUUGGCCACCCACAUGAUGAGCAUGGACCCCACCAUGCGCAAUGCCAUGGCCGGGGAGGACGGUGCUGCGCGGACGCAGGGCUCCCAGUAUUGGGGCUUCAUGAAUUGGCCAGUGGGAUCCGUCCCCACGUGGCGCAUCUGCGGAGUGGUGCGAGAGUCCAAGGCACCGGGCUUUGAAAAAGGCGACCUCUGCCUGGCCAUGGUACCCUGGCGUGAGCUGAACGCUGUAGACGCGGAGAACCUGAGGAAGGUGCCGGAAGGGCUGACGCCAUCAGCCUGUUUUAGCUGCCUUGAGCUGACCGCCCAAACGGGCUAUUGCGGUGUGAAAUACGUGGCACGGCCCAAGGAGGGCGACGUGGCCUACGUCUCCGGCGCGGCGGGCGCCACGGGGCUCAUCGCGUGCCAUACCUUCAAACACCUGGGCUGCCGGGUCAUCGGGAGCGCUGGGAGUAAGGAGAAGGUGGAAAUGUUAAAGUCUCAGGGCUUUGAAGCCUUCAAUUACAAGGAAGAACCUGUCAUUGAGGGACUGAAGCGAUUGUGUCCAGAUGGAAUCAAUGUUUGUUUUGAUAAUGUGGGUGGCGAAACCUUGGAAGCCAUGCUGGACAUGCUGAACGACGGAGGUGUGGUCGCCGUGUGCGGCGCCAUCUCGGAGUACGACACGCGGCCGGCGCAGCGCCGGGGCGUGCGGAACCUCUUCCAGGCCGUGGCCAAGCGCCUGAGGAUCGAAGGUUUCUUGCUCUUCCAGUUCACACCGGAGGAACUCCAAGAUUGUCAAGACACGAUGACCUCCUGGUUGAAAAGUGGCAAAAUCUCGGAUUGCUCCACCUUUGUUGAUGGCUUUGAGAAUCUGCCGGAGGGAAUUUUGGGACUCUUCAAGGGCAGCAACAUUGGUAAGAUGCUGGUGCGCGUGCCCUUAGAGUCCACGGCCGGGUAUGGCAAGUGAUGGAUUAUUAGUGUUGAACGGCGGACCUGGCAAAGGAAUCUCCCC